UGGAUAGGCAACAUAAAACGGCUAAAGAUCGUAAAACAGACGGAGCUCAUGGCAAUCAUGUGGAAAGCCCAAGUUAAGCGGCAAGUUUAUAAUACGGCAGCCAGAAGAUUAACGUACUUUAGUACACACGGAACCUUGACAGUGAGCAGAAGUCAAAUUGCGCAAGAUCACAAGGAUUGCAGACGGAGCCGCUAUAAAAUGACUACGAAAAUUUUAAUUUCAUUGCAAAUUGUGGGAUUGCUGGCUAUCAGUUGCCUCGUUGGCUGGACACUCUCCGAUUGCAAUGUGUGCCAGAGCAAUCAAGCCGCCUGCAUCAACUCCACAUCGUACUACCUGUGCUUCGGAGAUGAUGAACCGUAUACGGAUCAAGUUUACACUUGCCUCGCGGGUUUUCAGUGCAGCAAUGCGACUGCCAUUUGCAUACAAAAGAAUGCUCAGCGUCCGCCCAGCUGUGGCGACACCAGCAAGUGUGGACUCUGCAGUGCGCAGAGAAACUACAAGUUUGCCUGCCUCAGCAAAGGCAUUUUCCAGCUAUGCUACGGCGCCUCACAGCCCACGGGACCCUACGGCCAGUGUCCGACGGGCAUGGUGUGUGAUGCCACCAGCGAUACGGUGUGUGUGGAGGAGACAGCGGGUCAGGAGUACACGUGCGAUGUGAACGAUGACCUGGUGAGCACCACAGCAGCAACACCAACGAGCACUGAUACCACAACGGAUACAACUACGGAUACUACUACGGAUUCUACUACGGAGUCUACUACUGAUUCCACCACAGAUUCAACUACAGAAUCCACUACAGAGACCACCACAGUCCCUACUUCACAGACGGCCACAGAGAUCUGCACGGCUAAAGCUAAGAGUGGUCUUUAUGAAACUGUGCCACGCGAUGCAUAUUGCAAGCGCUACGUCGAUUGCUACUACAAAAACGGAAAAGUGAUUGCCACGGAGUACAGUUGCACCGACACCUCCUACUUCGAGGCAGCCUCCCAAGCUUGCACCUACAUUAAGCCCAGCAAUUGUCUCUAA